AUUUCAUUUUAAAAAAGUGUACAGAAACGCUAACUCGUAAGCUCCACGCACGCAAAGUGUUUGUGAUAAUCUUCUCUUUAUUGGAUACUCUCUCGACACUCUCUCUCACUCUGCUCCAACCUUCAUGGAUUCCCAUUCCUGUAUUAUUGCAUGGGGCUCUGGUGAAGAUGGUCAACUAGGAAUCGGCAACAACGAAGAGAAAGAAUGGGUCUGUCUCGUCGAAGCUCUCCAACCUCACCGUUUCCGCUCCGUCGUUGCCGGCAGCAGAAACUCCCUCGCCAUCGGUGAGGACGGCAAGUUGUUCACUUGGGGUUGGAACCAAAGGGGCACACUUGGGCAUCCAGCUGAGAGUAAGUCUGAGAACAAGAUUGAGAACAUUCCCAGCCAGGUCAAGGCUCUUUCCAGUGUUAAGAUUGUCCAGGCGGCUAUUGGGGGAUGGCACUGUUUGGCUGUUGAUGAUCAGGGCAGAGCUUAUGCCUGGGGUGGAAAUGAAUAUGGGCAGUGUGGUGAAGAACCUGAGCGCAAGGAUGAUACUGGCAAACCUUUAAGGAGAGAUAUAGAGAUCCCUCAACGUUGUGCUCCUAAGCUUGUUGUUCGGCAGGUUGCUGCAGGAGGAACUCACUCAGUGGUACUUACGUGUGAAGGCCAUGUUUGGACAUGGGGUCAGCCAUGGCCUCCGGGUGACAUAAAACAGAUUUCAGUUCCUGUUCGGGUUCAAGGUCUUGAAAGUGUGAGGCUCAUUGCUGUUGGAGCAUUUCAUAAUUUGGCUCUUCAAGAGGAUGGAACUUUAUGGGCAUGGGGAAAUAAUGAAUAUGGACAACUUGGAACUGGAGAUACUCAACCUAGAUCACAACCCAUUCCUGUCCAAGGACUUUCUGAUCUUACUCUGGUUGAUAUUGCAGCUGGUGGAUGGCAUUCUACUGCAUUGACCGAAGAAGGAGAGGUAUAUGGCUGGGGAAGGGGGGAACAUGGCAGGCUUGGGUUUGGUGAUAGUGACAAGAGCAGUAAAAUGGUACCCCAGAAGGUUCAACUUUUGGCUGGAGAAGAUAUUGUGCAGGUAUCUUGUGGAGGUACUCACUCAGUGGCAUUAACCCGCGAUGGCCGCAUGUUUUCUUUUGGUAGAGGUGACCAUGGACGUCUUGGAUAUGGUAGGAAAGUGACGACUGGUCAACCAAUGGAGGUACCUAUAAACCUUCCUCCUCCACACAACCUCACUGCCACUGAAGCUGAGGGACAUUGGAUAGCCAAACUUGUUGCCUGUGGUGGCAGACAUACCUUGGCAAUAGUACAAUGGAAAAACAGAUCAUCUUAACUCAUUCAUAAAUCAUAAAGAUAAACCAAAAGGCUAAUCACUCACUCAUUUCAAACUCUGUUGUCUUGAGUUUGGAAUGAUCUUCUUUUGCCAGUAACUUCAAUAGAUAUACCAUUUUAAAACUUUCUUGUGUUAUUUCUUACUGGUAUAAGAUAAAGCAAAAGCUGAAGAAGUGGAUGAUGCUGGCUAAUCACUCAU